UCAUCACCAUUAUUUUUUCAUCAUCAUUCAAAUCCAAUCAUAAGUGAUUAUUACAAUGAUUAUAAUGAUCACUAUUGAUCCGAAACAAAGUUUCAUUGCUGCAGAACAAACAUGUAGCUAUCCAGGAUCACCAUUACAUUGUUCGGUUACAUUCACAAAUGAACGUCUAAAUGCUGGUACAAUUGUAACAUAUACAUGCGAUUAUGGCUAUGAAUUGCUUGGACCAUCAAGACGUGCAUGUAAUCAGAAUGGCACCUGGACACCAGAAGGCAUUCCAUUUUGUGUAAUUGACGUUGCCAUUGGUAAAGCUGCCAUGCAAUCAUCCACUGUUGGACAAGGUCAUGCACAAAAAGCUGUCGAUGGCAGUCCAAGUUCAUUUUUCAAUCCAUCCACAUGUACAAUGACCGAAGCAGAACGUACACCAUGGUUUUAUGUUAAUCUUUUGGAACCAGUUCUUGUACAAUUAGUACGUAUUGAUUUUGGUGCUUCAUGUUGUCAAGGACGUCCAGCAACAAUUACUGUACGUGUUGGUAAUAAUCGACCGGAUUUAGGUACAAAUCCAUUAUGUAGAAAAUUUACCGGUUUCAUUGAAGAAGGACGGCCAUUAUAUUUACCAUGUACACGUCCAAUGGCCGGUGCAUUCGUAUCGAUACAGUUGGAAUCGAAUGGAAAUAGUUCACCAUUAUCUAUUUGUGAAUUAUUUGUAUACACUGAUCAUGCUUUAUCCAUUGAACAAUGUCCAACAUUUCGAGAUCAACCAUUAGGCGGUACAUCCACCUAUGAUGGAAAAUGUUAUAUUUUUUACAAUGAACAUCCAUUGAAUUUUGAAAGUGCAAAAAAAUUCUGUGAAGUUCGUGGCGGUACAUUGGUGGAUGAAACAUCACCAGCAUUACAAGGUUUCCUUUCAUGGGAACUUUAUCGCCGUCAUCGUAAUGAUCCAAAUGGUCAAUAUUGGCUUGGUGCCAUACGUGAUCAACGUAAUCAACAGAAUUGGAAAUGGAUCAAUGGAAAAGAUGUAACGAUAUCAUUCUGGAAUCUACCGAUGACAAGAGAAAAUUGUUCAAGAUUUGAUGGUACAAAAGGAUGGCUUUGGUCCGAUACAAAUUGUCAGAUAAAAUUAAAUUAUAUGUGCCAACAUCGUCCAUUAAGUUGUGGUCGUCCGGAACGUCCACCAAAUUCAACCGUAUCAAUACGUUCAGUUGAUGUUGGUCAAACAAUUGAAUAUCAUUGUAAUGAAGGAUCAUUAUUAUUGGGACCAAAUAUACGUACAUGUAUGUCGAAUGGAUUCUUCAGUGAAUAUGCACCUAAAUGUAAAUAUAUUGAAUGUGGUCCACCACAAUCGAUUUCAAAUGGCAAUUAUAAUCUUAAUAAUAAAUCUCGUGCUUAUAUGUCAUCAUUAUCAUAUCAAUGUAAUGAUGGCUAUGUACUUGUUGGCCGUGGUAAUCUUGUUUGUGAUCCGGAUGGCCUUUGGAAUGGUCCACCACCACGUUGUGAACCGGUAUUGUGUCCUGAUCCACCAAUGAUAACCAAUGGUUUCGGUACAUUGGUUUCGAAUUCAACACGUUUUGAUUCGAUUGUUGAAUAUCAAUGUGAUCCUGGUUUCGAAUUGGUUGGUGAUAAAUUAAUUCAAUGUAAUCGUGCCGGUUAUUGGGAAGGACAACCCGGUUAUUGUAUUGAAAUUCGAUCUGCACCACCAAGUAAAGCGACUACGAUAGCAUCAACCAGUACAACUACUACGACGACAACCACGACAUCAACAACAACAACACCCUCCAUCAUUCCUACGAAUCCACCUACGACCGGAUAUCCAACAACAUUUUUCGAUUCAAAUCCUAUUCGUGCUAGUUAUCCUGGCCAGAAUUUACCGGUUAAACCACCACAAAUAGCAUUAUUACCCGUGGUCAAUAAUAAUCAACAACAACAACAACAACAUUCAAAUAAUAACAAUGGACAUUCGAAUAUUUAUACAAAUACAAAUAAUCCAUAUAAUUCAAGAACACCCGAACAAUCCUUACCACCGAUGACGACACCAUCAAUACCGAUUUCAUCACAUCAUCAUCAUACUACAUCUUCACCUAUAUCGAUUGCUAGUUCACCAUCAUCCACAACUACUACUGGUUCAACUAUCGACAGCAAUAAUAGCCGUAAUAAACACAUUCAUCAUCAACAACAUCAUACAUCCAUUCAUCAACGUCCGAAUACACAGAAACCAUCAAUGACACAUAAUCGAAUUGCGGAUAAUGAAAUUCCUGAUGGACCUUUGAAUCCAACUAAAAAUUUUCUCGGUAAACCAUCCAAGAUUGCUGCAGCACGAUUGAAUAUGGGCGGUAUCAUUGCACUAGGCAUAUUUGGUGGAUUUGUCUUUUUAGCCGCUGUCAUCACAAUCAUUGUAAUCAUCGUUAGACGAUUCAAACAUUCACAUAGCUCGCUUGAUGCACAAACAAUAUCGACAUUUGAUUCAAGUAAUGGUGAUAAUCCUGGUUUCUAUCAUAAAUAUGCAUCAGCAUGGUCACAGUUACAAAGUUCAGCUGUAUUACAUUCCGGUUCAUAUAAACCGGCUAAUAUGGCUAGCCGAUUAGCCGGUGUUGGUGGUGGUGUUGAUGUUCCAUAUGAACAUCAUCAUGGCUAUCUACAUGGUGGUGGUGGUGGUGUUGGACCACGACAACGAUCACCAAAUGGUGGUGGAUCGAUUAAUGAAGCAUUCCGUGAUGUUGGUCCUGAUUCCGAUAUGUACACUCGAAGUGCUGAUCGUCGUAAUAAUAACCUUAAUGGAAGUGGUGGAUGUGGUGGUGGUGGUGGUCCAAAACGAAACGGCAAUGAACAUGAUUGGCAUAGAGGAAAAUAUUGAUUUUAACCAAAUUAUUGCAUCCAAUGAAGAAUCUGAAAAAUCUACACCAUUUUGCUUCAUACCUCCUUUACUCCUUUCUUUCUUAGCAUUUUUUUCUCCGUUUUGUAUACUGUGCACCCGGAUAUAUAUGAUGCUGUAGUGCCCAAUUUUUUAUUACCCAUUUUUUUAUAACAUGAGAUUUAUCGCAUCUUAUUCACAUCCCCCACACCCACAUCAACAUAAUUGCUACAAUCACCAAUCAAAAUACAUUAUAAUAUUUUGUUUUAUUUUAUUAUUUAUAUAUAUUAUAAAUAUUUGGUAAUUUUAAGUAAAAUCAAAUGGCAUUAAAAUAUCCGUCGUUUGGUUAAUGA